UAAAUUUUAUAAGUAAUCCUUGUUUACUACAAUUGGGACCAGCAACUCAGUCAUUUAAGUGAAGUGCCACUAAGUGAAAUCAUGACUAUGCUUACAAUCUUACUUUAGCUUUCCUUUGCUUUACAGACCUGUAAAGAUUAUAAAUGUGAGGACUUGCUUGCAAAGUUACUUUUUCAUCACUGUCAUAUCUGUGAAAGGUCAUUAUACAAGUUCCUUGGCCUUCUUGAAGCAGAAACUAUGAGCUGGGGAUUCCUGCGAGAUAUUCUAAGUGGUGUAAAUAAAUACUCAACAGAAAUCGGCAGAGUUUGGCUGGCUAUUGUGUUUAUAUUUCGCGUCCUUGUCUACGUUGUAGCUGCCGAACACGUCUGGAAAGAUGAACAGAAGGAGUUUGAGUGUAACAUCAGACAACCUGGCUGUGAAAAUGUCUGCUUUGAUCAUUUCUUCCCAAUUUCCCAAGUCAGGCUUUGGGCCUUGCAACUGAUCAUGGUUUCUACGCCAUCACUUCUAGUUGUACUCCAUGUCGCUUAUCGAGAAAGCAGGGAAAAGAGACACCAUACAAAGCUUUAUAAGAACCUGAGAAGUAUUGAUGGGGGGUUGCUCUGCACCUAUCUCAUCAGCGUCUUUUCCAAAACUGGAUUUGAAAUAGGCUUCCUCUACUUGUUUUACAAGCUGUAUGGAGGAUUUGAUGUACCCCGCCUUGUGCAAUGUGACACAAGUCCUUGUCCAAACACAGUUGAUUGCUACAUAUCCAAGCCUACUGAGAAGAAAAUUUUCCUGUACAUUGUGGUGGUGACAUCCUGUUUGUGCAUAGCCUUAAAUAUAAUUGAAUUCAUCUAUUUGAUUUUCAAAUAUUCGGUCAAAUGCUGCUUCAGGAAUCACAUCAAGAAAGUCCGAAACUCCAAAAGUGAAUGUAAAACAACAAAUUCUAUGGCUCACAAUGGUACUACUGUGUCUCUUGAUCAAGAUUCACCCAGAAACCAAGGAGAUGAAAAAUAUUUGGGUCACCUCCAACUAUAACAAAUAAAAUAGCACUCAGUUAAUUUUGAUAAUGUUAACAUUAGAGCAGGGGUGUCAAACUCAUAUCGUCAUGGAGUCACCACAUGAUAUAUCCUGACUUUUCCCCCUUCCCUAAACAGGGCAUGGGCAUAGCCAGUGCGUGACGCAUCCGGCCCGCGGGCCAUGACACCCCUGCAAUAGAGCUUCAGAUAAUAAGGGUCUGAUUAUUUUAACCAACAUGCUGCAUAUUUAGUUUUUUCUGCAUAUGUGUAAGGUUCAUGAAAUUUGCACCUCUUGGAAUCUCCUUCUAAGUCAGGGGUAUCAAACUCGCGGCCCGCAGCCCAGAUGCGUCACAGUGAAGGAGAAAAAAGUCAUGAUACAUCAUGUGACGUCGCCAUGACUGCGAGUUUGAUAGCUUUUUCUAAGGGAUUCAUAAGCAUUGAUUUUCUGAUACAGAUAAUGCUAACUUAACUGUUGAUAUUUUGCUGCAGUUCUUUCAAAACAUCUGUUUUCAUUCUUGAUUUUUUUUUCAACCAAAGGGAUAGCAAUUUAACUUUCCUCAUUCUGGCAACUGUCAGAAAUCCAAGCUGGCAAGGCCAAAAGGAAUCACUGGAAAUAUAGGAGUUGCAAGAAAAUUGCUGUAUUCUAUUAAGAGAAGCCUCUUUUAGAUCAUCAUGUCGUGAAAAAUUGUGUCUAAUGAUGGAAACCUUAUUUUUUCACCCUUUUUUCCCAACAUGCAAGAUUUUAGUUGCUUAAAGAGAUUUGAUUGUAUUUAAUUUUCACUUAGUUUUCCUGCUGCAGUUAUUUAUUUCUUCUGUGCAUUAUUAGCUGUGUAUAAUUUUAAAGUACUGUGUAAAAUGUGUGUGCCUUCUUUCCUGUCAUGUUCUUGUAAGUUCCUCCCCCUAUCAUGGCUUUACUGGCCUCUGUGUAUAAUGUAUUUAUUUGUUGGAUUUAAAGACCACCCAACCUCAAA